AUGGCCACGACAGCAGCAGCAGGGCCAUCACGUCUGCCCCUCCCGGCACCCUCCUCCUCCGCAUCAGACACCACAGCUGCUCCUCAGGCUACCGAGCGCAUAGGGCCCGACGUCGGUGUCCUCCGUGAACUCGGCAAGCAGGCUCUUGUCGAGGCUCUCAAUGAGGUGCAAGGAUCCAAGACGCUCGUGCUCGAUCCCGCGCUCGCCGGUCCGCUCGGACUCGUCAUCGAUGUCGCCAGCUUGAAGCACCAUGGUGUGGACAAGAUGUUUUGGCUCGAACCCGGUCCGCUCAGCGUGCAGACCCGCAACGUCGUGUGGCUGUGUCGGCCCAAGCGCGCACACAUGCUCGUCAUUGCCGACCAGGUCCGCUCCUCCCCCGGGCUGCAGUACACCAUCCUCUGCGUGCCGCGCGUGACCGAGCUGUGCCGUCGCGUGCUCGAGGAUGAAGGCGUGGCUGGAGACGUCACUCUAGCAGAGUUCAAGCUCGAGCUUAUCCCCAUCGAGGACGACGUGCUGUCCCUCGAACUCGACGACGUCGCAAGGGAUAUCUACCUCCGCGGAGAUGACACGCCCAUCUACUACGCCAGUCUGGCCCUUACCACCCUCCAGCGCGCGUUUGGCCGCAUCCCUCGAGUCAUUGCCAAGGGCGAGCAUGCCAAGAAACUGGCCGCCCUCGUGCAAAAGAACAGGCCAGAGGUGGACCCAAGCGAGCACAUUGACAGCAUGAUCAUCAUCGACCGCUCCGUCGACUGGGUGACGCCCAUGUGCACGCAGCUGACGUACGAGGGCAUGCUGGACGAGUUUAUCGGGAUCAAGAAUGCCCACAUUGAAGUCGACCCGCAGGUGCUCGACCCGGCGUCCACGCAGACCAAGAAGAGGAAACACCAGCUCGCCUCGAGCGACAAGCUCUUUGCCGACAUUCGCGACCUCAACUUUGCCGUUGUGGGCGCGCGCCUCAGCAAGCUUGCACGAAGGCUCGAGGGCGACUUUGGCGGUGCCAAGGCCCUCAAGAGCGUGUCGCAGAUGAAGGACUUUGUGGGCAAGCUCGGCGGUCUGCAGUCGGAGCAGCAGAGUCUGCGCUUGCAUACUGCCCUCACGGAAAAGCUCAUGCCCAUCACGCGUACCGAGGAGUUUAACAAGACGCUCGAGGCGCAGCAAAACCUCGUGGCGGGCUACGACCCGAACGCGCAGCUGGCCCUCAUCGAGGACCUCCUGUGCCAGCAGGCACCCAUGUCUGCCGUCCUGCGUUCUGCCGUCCUCAUGUCCCUCACCACGGGCGGAAUCAAGCCAAAGCCUCUGGAGGCGUUCAAGCGCGAUUUCCUCCAGACGUAUGGGUACCACCACCUGCCCUUGCUCGUGGCGCUCCAGGACCUGGGUCUGCUGCUCAAGGCCCCCUCGCCGGCGCCCUUUGUCGGCGCGCGCAAGCCCUUCCGCCUGAUCGUCGACGACGUCGACGACGCCAGCCCCAACGACAUUUCGUACGUCUACUCGGGCUACGCGCCGCUCUCCGUCCGUCUCGUCCAGGCCGCAACGCAGCGCAGCGCCCUCACCGGCGACGCAAAGGGCGACGUGGUGCGCAUGGAGGGCAAGCGGCCCAUCACGGGGUUCAAGGGCAUGGACGACGCCGUCGCCGCUCUUCCGGGCGCCUCGAGCGAUAUCGGCGGUGGCAAAGCCCACGGCACGACGCUCGUCUUCUUCCUUGGCGGGUGCACCUACACCGAGAUUUCGGCACUGCGCUUCAUGUCCAAGCUAGGAGGACGCCAGUACAUGGUCGCCACGUCGUCGAUUGUCAACGGCAACACACUCAUCGAGAGCUUUGGCGACCCGGCGCCCGUGCCGUUCCAGUAG